AUGGACGGGUGGACAGCUUCGUGCCGCCAUUACGUUGCUCUGUUUGCGGUGUACUGGGAUUCGACCUGUGGGGCUGAUGCAGACGAGCGUCGCUGCAAAAGUCGUCGCUACAUCCUGCAUGCCUUUUGUCCACUCGACGACGAGUCUGACAUGGGUUCACAGGCCCACUAUGACUUCAUUGCGGACCCUCUUUCCGUUUAUGAAUGUCCGUGGUCUCGAGUGUCAUUCCUGGUGGGUGAUAAUUGCUCAACGAAUCAAUGUAUCGGCCGGAAAGAAGGGGCCCUCCCGUUAAUCGGCUGUGCAAGUCAUAGAUUUAAUUUAGCGGUGAGGGCCUUCUUGGAGGCGCACGAGACGAUGGUCGAGAAGGUGCACAAGUUCAUGAAGAAGCUGGCAACCGUGAAGGGCAGGGCGGUUCUGAAGAAGAUUAGCAAGUUGCACCCCAAGCUCAAUAACGUUACGCGCUGGUCGAGCACGUAUGAGAUGCUGGAGCGCUUUGUAGCGCUGCACCCCCACGUGAAGAUGCUGGAGUUCAAGGACCUGGAGAAGAUUCGGAUCGUGGACCUGCUCUUCAUCCCGCACGAGUUCGCGCAGGCUGAAGAGCUGCUAGCCCAGCUUGCCAACUUGGAGGAGGCCACCCGAGAGCUGCAGAAGGAGGAGUUGACACUCGCAGCCGCGCGAGAUCUCUUCGAUCUCGCUAUCAAGCGCUACCCGUGCAUGAAGAAGGAUCUGUCCACGACGUCGUCUCAUGUUGUCACCCCGCAACUGGAAACAGGGCUUAAGAAUGCUUCGUACGUCGACGUCUCGUACAUACCGCCAACGUCAAACGUUUGCGAGCGGUUUUUCUCCUCUGCAAAACUCGUGUACUCGGACUUGAGGAAGAAGAUGGACUACGAAACGCUCGAGGACGUCAUGAUGCUCAAGUACAACGACGCGCUGUGGAAUGCAUACACAGUGCAGAGUAUUUGUGCACGUCACCCUGCUACUUGCAGUACCGUAGAUUAA